UAGACAACCACUUGCUUGAUUGUAUUCGUGGUACCACUUCUGAUACCAGGAGGUCAAGCAACGGUAAGGCGGUGCUUACCUUCCUAUCUAGAAGACGACGCGACGCCUACACCAGAUCAACCCGAGUCAACGUACCUCAUUUCUGCUUUCCGGAAAACGACCGGCGUCCAAAUCUGAGUUCUGUGGUGUCAUCAUGCCUUCUUCAAGUCCAACUCGCGGGUUGCUCUUUGUAACCAUGCAGCCCAAAGAGACGUUAUCACUAGACCUAUUCCAUGACUGGUACAACAAUGAACAUGGACCCAACCGAACACGUCUGUCAUUCAUGCCCAAUGGUUUUCGCUAUCGAGCGGCCGACCUCCCAGGACCUAACGCUGGAACACAGUCCAAGCCGGAGUUCCUAGCCAUCUAUGAUGCCACUGACAUGGACCAAUUCAACGAGCAGCCAUAUCAGUACUUGCGCGCCCCGCCCGGCAAAACCCAACGUGAGAUCGAUGUGAUGGCCCAGAUCUGGGUCGAUCGACUUAUGUUGGAUUUCGUGGGUGAACGAAUCAACGACAAGACCUUUGUGAGACUUGAAUCACCGGAGCAUUUCGAGGAGAACAGGAAGGGGAACGUCCUGACUACAUCGCGAUACCUGCUGGCACCGAGUCAAGUGUCGAAUAUCGUGGACUGGAUCCAGAACUCUCUCCUGCCAAAAGUGGCAGAGAUCCCUGGCUGGAGGAGGACAUCCUGGUUCAGGACUUCGUAUCUUGAACCUCGCGAAGACGGGAAAGUCGACGUUGUCGUGAUCAAUGAGUUCACCCCAUCAACCGAACCCAAGUCUGUGCCCAUAUUCGAAGCUCCACCCGUGGAAGUUUCGGACAGCAAGGUCCGCACAUACGAACUCUUUUACACCUUUGGAGGAGCGGCCCGGCACCUGGGAAUUGUAGCUCCCUGGACCUCGCCCGACGGGCUCACCAAGACCAUCCCCAACGUUUCACCUUUUGGCUCAGCAGUAGAGUCCACGGUCACGACACGCGAUGGCGCAGUCCUACCUUUCCGCCUCGAAGGCAAUCCUUCUGAUCCUGACGCACCCGUGCUUGUAUUGGUCAACUCGGUCCUCGUGACCUGGGGCAUCUGGGACAGCUUCUUGAAGCAUUUCUUCUCUCGGCCACAGAACCAACAAUAUCGCGUCCUUCGGUUUUUGUCCCGUGGUCGGACCAUGCCCAGCGGCACGACGAGCCCCGUGACCGUCGACGUUCAAGCUUCGGACAUCAUCCAGCUCUUGGACUCACUUCGCAUACCCCAGGCUGCGGGCUUGGUUGGCGUUUCCAUGGGCGGAGUGACGGCGCUGGCGACAGCACUCAAAUACCCCUCGCGGAUCAAGUGCUUCGUCGCCUGCGACACCUCGGCCAAAUCCCCGGCCGGGAACAAGGACACAUGGAGCCAACGCAUUGCUGUGGCCGAGAAGGGAGGCAUGACGCUGCAGCUCUCGUCACUGUUUGGCGACGAGUCCCCCGACGCCAGUCCGCAGCCGGUGGUGGGCGAAGAACUUGCCGAGAUGACGGUCCGGCGCUGGUUCGUGCCCGAAUCCUACGACAAUCCCGACCUUGUGCCUGAAAUCGCCAGGGUCAAGCGGAUGGUCCUCACCAACUCGCUGCCCGAAUUCCGCCGCGGCGUCGAGUCUCUGUUCAAUUACGAUUACACCGAUCUCAUGCCCGAGUACAAGGGUAGAGGCGCCUUUCUGGUCGGUGCUGGAGAUGGGGUGUUACCUAAAGGAAUGGAAAAGAUGUCAAAAGAGUUGGGAUCGGCUGACGGACGGUCUGCUACGUUCAAGAUUGUCGAGGGUGCUGGACACCUCCCGAUGGUUGAGAAGCCUCGGGAAGUGGCAGACUUUGUGGGCGAUUUUUUGGAUGGUAGUAGUACUACUACUUAGAGGCUUUAUGCAAAGCACAAGUAGCGAAUACGUCAGUACAAGCAUGUGGUGCUGACUAUAUACCAGUACUUAUAUUCUAGCUGUUACAGCCCCUGGUAACCCUCGCUUCUAUCGACUUCUAUACCAGGUACCCCAUCGACAUGCCGAUCAACCGCCCAUACUCCUUUUUGGAAUUCGAACCUUUUGUCGUCCGCCUCUUCUCCGAGAUUCUCAAUCGGCUAAGCCCAUUCGCCAACUUUCACCGGGAAGAAUCCUGGUGCCGCCCGUUGUAUUAACAACAACGACACUUGCUGGGUCUUGGGAAGUGCCGCCGGACAAAAACCUUCUUCCUUCUGAUGUUGUGAUCUGACAGUGUUGGGAAAACCCGUCGCACGUUCAAGAGUUGUCGCCCCAGUGGCGAGGAAACUCUCCUGUAUACUACCUAGUACUAAGUAUCGCUGGAACAUCGGGGGUUCUAAGCUGGGUGGAUUGGCUGAUUGAAGAAUGUUUUCGCACCGGUUUUCGUGCUCAAAAUAUUGUAAAUG